AUGUCUCUGCUUCUCAGUCAGCCCUCGAAGCUCUGCUUUCGGAAGCCUGUGUUUGUAAGAUCUUCUCCUCUUCUCUCUAAUGGCCUCUCGUCUUCUUCCUUGCCAGAACCCCCUGGUUAUGUCUUCGUCUGCACUGAUCCUUGCAGACCGAGCCUUGGAACUAUCGUGACUUCGAAGCCUCGUGGUUUCGAUGGCGUGUUGUGUUUCCGUGAAACUGAUCCAGACCUUGAUGCAGAUCCGAAACGCAUUUCGUUGCCUCCUCUUGUGACUCUGCCUCACUGCCAAACCCAAGUCGUCACCAACGUGGUCGUGUCCUCGUCUUCUCCUGAGGAUGAAGACUGUGUUGUGGCUGUCAAGUUCUUGGGACCCCAGCUCAGCUUUUGCAGACCAGCUCAGAGUAACCCCGAGUGGAUCAACAUCAAAAUCGAAAACCCCUGCUUCUUCUCCUCCCCUGUCAUGUUUUCCAAGAAACACAACACCUUUCGCAUGCCCGAAUCUGGAGGCCACCUCGUCGGAUCGUGGGAUCCCUGCAAACACAGCAAGAACCCGAAGCUGCAGAUCUUGCGGUGUAAGCAACUUCCAAAGACGACCAAGCCCAAACGAGACCUUCUCGAUUCGUGCUACACAAGCGAACACUUGGUGGAAUCAACAACAACCGGUGAAACUUUCUUGCUUAAGAAGUACAAGAAGACCGUCAGGAUCAACAAGGGUUUUGUGAUAAUGAAAACAGAGCUUUUAAGGGUGUUCAGGCUAGACGAGGAAGGAAACGCUGUAUUCACUCAACACAUCGGAGAUGACGUCAUUUUCCUCUCAAAGUCUGAACCUUUCUGUGUCCCUCCAAGCUCCUUUCCCGGCAUGCUCCCUAACCAAGUCUAUAUCUUGGAUGUCGACGAACUAGCAAAUGUCCUCCUGAGAUUUUACACCACCAGUCUUGCUGCUGUCACCGAAGAUUUCGUUUGUGAAGAGUGGGUGGAGGAACCAACUUUGCUGGUCACUCGAUUCGAGUAUGCGAAUCUCUUCCAUACCGUGACAGAUUGGUACAGUGCUUAUGUUUCCUCUAGAGUCACCGGUUUGCCUAAUCGACCAAACGUUGUUUUCAUGGAUGGACACUGCACGACGCAGCUAGAAGAAACAUGGACGGCUUUGUUUUCCGGAAUCAGAUACGCAAAAAACUUCAGCAGACCAGUUUGUUUCCGCCACGCGGUUCUUUCACCAUUGGGAUACGAAACCGUGCUUUUCAAGGGAUUGACCGAAGAAGUAGACUGCCACGGAGAAUCAGCUCACAAUCUGUGGCAAAACCCGGACAACAAAAAAACGGCGAGGCUCUCAGAGUUUGGCGAAAUGAUCAGAUCAGCCUUCGGGUUUCCAGUCAACAGACACCGCUCAUCAGAAAGACCGCCGUCAUCAUCAUCGCCAUCUACCUCUGUUCAUAACGUUCUCUUUGUUCGCCGUGAAGAUUACUUGGCACACCCUCGUCACGGCGGUAAAGUCCAGUCCCGGCUCAUCAACGAGGAGGAAGUGUACGAGUCGCUGCACCAUUGGGUCGCGUCUGGCUCCACCGGUCUGACGAAAUGCGGGAUAAACCUUGUGAAUGGACUCUUUGCGCAUAUGUCGAUGAAAGAUCAAGUCCGCGCCAUCCAAGACGCGUCAGUGAUCAUAGGAGCUCACGGAGCGGGGCUGACUCACAUUGUGUCCGCAACACCAAACACGACGAUAUUUGAGAUAGUGAGCGUCGAGUUUCGGAGGCCUCAUUUCGAGCUUAUAGCAAAGUGGAAAGGUUUGGAGUAUCAUGCGAUGCAUCUGGCGAAUUCACGGGCGGAUCCAACGGCUGUGAUUCAGAAGCUACAUGAGAUAAUGAAGAGUCUUGGCUGCUGAAAAAGGGACCCGUGAGCUUUCGAGCCUUAGCGGCCACGGGAUGUUGUGAUAUUAUUUGUUUUUUUUUUCAGCUUUAGGUGGGUUCGGUUCAUGAUGUCAAGUGCUGUAAAUUAGCUUUGCUUUUUGACCCGUGAGUUCGAAGCUUAGCGGCCACGGCAUGCAUUUUGAUUUAUAAUGAUUAUAUAGUCUUUUUUUUUUUUUUGUGCGAUAAUGAUUAUCAUAUUGGCUCAACUGCUCCAUUUCCG